GAGCAUAGUCUGUAUACCUCUGUUCAUCAAACGUUGAUCAUGACUUUAUUUUUGGAUUGAAUACCAAGAUUUUCUGCACGACACCAAAUUCAAAACCAACGGCUUUACUUUCUGGAAUGACAGUUGAAUCAGUCCGAAAAUAUUUCUCAGUUAUCUGAAUUUAAAUUGUCUAUAUUGUUUUCCAUGAUUACACGAAUAUCAAAGUUGAUUCCGGCCCGCACCAAGCCUUCCUUACUGUGUCCAUGCCCUUUUGUAGGAUCCUUCUGAUGGCCCACUUUGACCCUUCCCUUUUUUUGUAACAUCCAUCUGCCAUGAAAGACAUCUACAAGCACGACGAACUCGAAAUCCCUGAAGGUGUUAAGGUUAACAUCAAGUCCCGUGUUGUCACCGUUGAAGGUCCUCGCGGUACUCUCACCAAGAACUUGCGCCAUUUGGCUAUUGAAAUCACCGUCGUUGGCAAAAAGAUUCGUUUCGUCGUUCACCACGGUCUUCGUAAGCACGUUGCUUGUAUUCGUACUGUCCGUUCUUUGGUCAACAACAUGAUCAUUGGUGUCACCAAGGGCUUCCAAUACAAGAUGCGUUAUGUGUAUGCUCACUUUCCCAUCAAUGUGAUCAUUAGUGAUGCUGGCGAUGCUGUUGAAAUCCGUAACUUCUUGGGUCAAAAGGUUGCUUUCCAUGUCAAGAUGCGUGAAGGUGUCAAGGUUGAAGCCUCCAAGGCUCAAAAGGAUGAACUUCUCUUGACUGGUAACUCUUUGGAAGCUGUCUCUCAAUCUGCUGCUGAUAUCCAACAAUCUUGUCUUGUCAAGAACAAGGAUAUCCGUAAGUUCUUGGACGGUAUCUACGUCUCUGAACGCAACGUCUUAGAAUCUGCUUAA